AUGCAGGGGAAUACAAAGGACAGCACCGAUAAACCCGAUUCAGGCAUACUGAAUGGUAGCGGGGUCCCAGACGGCCCUCCCAAAAUGCCGCGGGAUGAAGCUGAUUUAGAUGACGACAACAAUGACAACGAGAACGAAGAGAAGGACGACAACAUGGAUGAUGAGAGUACCGACAGCGACGAUGAUGACAGUGACAUUGCCACAAUCACCGUGACUCUGAGAACGAGUAUCGAGCUGAAAGGCCUCCCCAACUCUUUCCCGCGGACCGUGAUAGUCCUGGAAGUCGACUUCAACGAAGCGUCCACGAACCCCGAACCUAUCUUCGAAUUCACUCGCGAUAACGCCUUCCACGACAUUAUUGACAACAUGGAGCAGUGCAUGCACCACGUCGACGAACGCUUAUUCGACCCAGUAAAGCUACGGGACACUGGUAAACCACGACCUUGGUUCGAAUUCGAAUCUUUCCAACAUCUGCAAGAGUUGUUGGAAGUCAGCAAGAACGAUCCUUUACCCAAGGAUAGUGAUUGGAUAGACCAGCUUCUGUGUACGCCAGGUCUUCAACGCAUCGACGUCGUGUUCGCAUAUAGGGGUUACCAUAACACGGGCCGUACGUACAAGAUCUUUGCGGAAGACGACCAUGGCGUUACUGUAGGUCAAUUUGUGAAAGCUUUCCGUGAUCAGCUGCAGCACACCGAGGCAGACAUACGGAAGUUUUCUGGGGAAGUUUUCCUCAUCUGCAACGACUGUUUCGGUAAUGCUCUAUGA